AUGAAACUGUCUCAUAUUGUGACUGUGUCUGCCCUGAUUGCAGGAGCCUCUGCAAGAGGUAUUAGAGGUGCUUCAGAACGUGCUUUUUACUUUUCGACUUAUGUGUCAGAGGAAAUCUUUACGGAUGAAAACAGGCGCACUGUCGCCACAGGCUGCCAGGGGUCCCGGAAGGGGCUACGUGAUCAGCCGGACCGCUGUACUUUCAUGGAAUUCUGUGAUUAUCUUUGGCACGAAACUGAAAUCAACCCGACAACUCAUGAAAUGGACAAGAGACCCGAUAUUACAAAGACGUACAUGGGAACGGCUAUCGACAAGAAUGCGAAAACCCUCAUCAACUACGACGCAGUAAAAAUGCGUGACGGCAUCAUGAACCUGCGAAUGAAUCUUCCCGAUGGCACAACCACAAAUGUCCCAAAAUGGGGAUACUCCGGAGAUCUACACAUUGCGAAUCUAGUUGAGGGGGGUACAGCAGCAAAUUAUUUCGACAAAGUGGGCCAGGAGUUCGGCGAGCGCUUCUGGAAGGCCAAGCUAGAGUUUGACGAAGUUUCUAAGAAAACGGGUGCCGAUAAGCUGGAUGAUGAUCUAAAGGAGUUGUUCCAGACCUGGAACGAUCAUGCGGUGGAAUCGUCCAAGAUGUCCUACGCAUAUCGGGAAAAAGAACUUCGAAUGCAAGAGCCAGGAGCCAUAAAAUCAGCUCUCAAAAAGAAAUAUACCGACCCGGAUACAAAAAAGCUGAUCAAAGUUGAAACCAGGAUGCUUGACAAAAGCGAGGUGGUGUGGGGAGAGCCUUACAAGGUGUAUGACAAGGAUCGUACGGCUACCACAUUGGCAGGCAUCCCACAGUUGGGGUUGACCAAGGAGCAGGCUCUCACGCUACUCACGGAGGUUUACGAUGCACUUCAAGCCACUAAAAAACAAGUUGAGGCUUUCCGGUACCUGCUUGAUGUUGGCGCACGGCUCGAUCAUCCUAAUGUGGACAAAGGUGCCACCCGUCAUUUCGUCAGCCACAUUUGCAGCCCCGCACAUGAUUGGGCUCUGCUGAAACUUUACCUGAAUGCCGGCCUUGACCAUCAGCUUCGUGUGGGGCAUCGACACUAUCCCCCUUCCACCAUACCUCUGCUAGGGGUAAUUUCCCAGUCGGAAUCGGCCGCUCCGCUAGAUCCUGUGCGCCUUUUACUGGACCGAGGUGGCAACCCUAAUGAGAUAUUCUGCUUCUAUGGAAACCGACUAGUGACUCCCCUGACUGUGGCAAUUCAGAAGGCCCACACUGAAGUCCUCGACCUCCUGAUCGAGAAAGGAGGAAUUAUUCAUGGACCCCAUGUUACUCGUCCGCUCCGUCAGCCUUGGCAUAUUCCCAUCAUGGCAGCUGCGGCAUGCAUGUCAAGCCAGGGGACAGCCAUGAUCGAGCGAUGCUUACACCAUGGCGCAGACAUCAACCACUCAACACCGAAGAUGGCUGAAGAAGACUACGAAGGAUGCAGACACUACCAAUACAUGAGUCCUGCGCUUGUCUAUGUUGAUUCCAUUCACAACUGGGACGAACCGACGCAUGUCUUGCACCCAGCGGAUGGACUCGCAUUUCUGGCUAGCCGAGGGGCAUUCCUUCAACAGCCCAUUCCCAUUCCAGAUCGUGGAGACCUCGAGCGAAUACACCGUGCGCCUUGGGUGCGGUGCCAGUGGAGCCCUUCCCAAAUGUGCCUGGGCUUUAUCCUCGAGAAGUGGGGACUAAUCAAAUUGGCCACCAGUCCAGGUCUUCUCCUGGCUGUGCAAUAUCUGCUCCGGCACGCGGUCAGUGUUGGCACACUCGCUGAGUCCUUCGCCUCCUACGACUUUGAAAAAUCGGGUCACAUAGACCUACCAGUUCAAGUUUCAGCGGCAUGGCAAGGUCUUUUGACCUAUGUCCUGGAGGAUUUAAAGGUGGACCCUACCAUACUAUUGAACCAGUACAUCUUACAAAAGGGCUUAUGCAUAUGGGAUAAGCCCCUACAUAAAAUUGGCCGCGCCACAAUUGAGAGGCUCUUGGCGUCGGGGGCCAACAUCAAUUCCCGCAUGGGGGCCGAGGAUGGACCAACGUCUUUUCAUGCGGUGUGCGAAGCAUUCAACAAAGAGGUCCUGACUUUGGAAGGAAGAUUUCACUCUUAUCAUUGGAGGCAGAAGAUCGAGAUACAGGUCACGUAUCUUGAGUACUUGCGAAGUCGAGGAGCCGAUUCUUCCAUUCGCAUUGGUGGUCAAACAGCCAGUGAGGCUCUCCUAGUGAAUCAAGCGGAUAUGCCAUUGGCGGUUCGGCAAAAGAUGCUGUCAAUAUCCGAAAUUAUGCAGGACAAUGUAAUUUAA